GUUCUUCUUGGAGUCGUUACGCUUGCUGGCGUCACCAUCACCAUCAUCGUUUUAUUUGCCGGUGUUCUUGGCAGAGCCGUGUUCAAAUUGGCCGUGCUUAAAAGAAAAAGUCCUAUUUACGUUAUAUCAACUGCUCAUAUGCUGUGCGAUUUGAUUCAGCUUCUGUUGGCACUAUUCUACCUCGUGCCGUCGAUCAUUUUUGACGACUGGUUGCUCGAAGGUGGCCGACACAGCUUUGCGGUGGUACUUCUCAGUUCAGUAUUCCUUUUUUGUUGGUAUUACAAUUCAAUUGCUCAGAUGCUAAUGGCUGUUAAUCGGUUGGUGCGC